UUACAUCAAAGCUAAAAAUAGAAAAUUACUCCUCCUUUGUCUUGCGUAAAAGUUUAACAAAUGAGUACCUCCACUCCUCUGAAAACCUCGCCCACUUUUCACACUUGAGCAAUAUGUGUGCCAAUGACGCAUAAGGAUAUACGCCGGGGUUUGUUUGACGUGUAAACCAAGCACCAUGAAAUAUAACAUUGCUCAAAUACAAUAGAAAAUGUGCUACAAAAGUUUUCAUAAUAGUGUAAAGUAUAAUUGUUUGAUUUUAGCAUGUUCAUUCAUUUAAAUAUAGGCUAGUUCGUUCAAAAAUCAUAUUUCCAUGGCCUUAUCUAAAUUAAAAAAAAAAAAAAAAAAAUGCCAGCCUUGACGCAGAUCUGUGCAUUGCUUGUAAAUAACUUAACUGCGAUAGGAUGUAAUAAGAAAAUAUAAGAACGGUCCUGUUAUCUGUUUUUAAUAAUAUUGCAUGAUGAAAAGUCAUUAGAUUUAGGCUAUCUAUAUGUAUAGGACUCGGUCAGCUAUGCAGUCCCCACGAUGCCUGCGUCUGCAGAAUCUUCUCUGUGCGUCAGAUGAACAUCUUUACAUAGUCCUGAGGGACAAGUUUAUUAAUCAGUCACGAGCCAGUCCGUCCCCAAACGUAGUCUCGCGCUGCUUGUGUGUGUCACGAGCUCACGUCUUCGCUUGUUGCCCCUUUAAAAAUCAGAAUUGAAGGCCAAUGAUUUAUCAAAGCCCUAUUAUCAAGAAAAUGUCAUGCGAAGGGUACUUUGCCAUGCACUGACGCAAACCCGAUCUUUCCCACGGAGAUAUAGAAAGCUUUGCACUUUGCACAGCCAAACUCAGUCUGCCUGCCGCCUUUCCAGCUGUUUUCUGCUAUUAACCCACAUUUGUUGACUCUGCACAAAUGGAUUUUUCCGAACACGGGGAAAUGUUGAGGCAGCCGUCAAACAGUAUUCCGCCCCAGCCGUCGGGGGGAGCGGUUGGAGCUACAACUAAUAACAAACCGGAGAACGGCAACCCGGUGCCCCAACCGCCGCCUGUAAACGAACGGAAAACUUUUUGUCCCUCGGAAAAUAAACCGUGCGAAAUGGAAGCCAAUAAAGCAUACGGGACGUUUAAAAACGCAGCACCUGGACCCACGUUUGCUCCCGUUAAUUCUGCCGCGCGCAAGGAUUCCGCCGGUAAAAUGGAUGGUUCGACCGGUAAAGCCACGUCGGACUUCAUGUCUAACAAUCAAAGUGCUGUAAGGAUCGCGGCGGAGCAUAACAACACCACCGGUGACUGGACCUCCAUGAGCCAGACCACCAUCAUACUGGGUACAGAUGGCAAUACAUCUGUUCUGCCUGGCACGGUGACCGGGGAUGAUGAUGAUGAUGAUGCGGGAGGAGAUGAGAAUAAGGCCCGGGGGAACUGGUCCAACAAACUGGAUUUUAUUCUGUCCAUGGUGGGAUAUGCCGUGGGAUUGGGAAAUGUGUGGAGAUUCCCAUAUCUUGCUUUCCAGAAUGGUGGAGGUGCGUUUUUGAUACCUUACCUAAUCAUGUUAGGCCUCGCCGGUAUCCCUAUAUUUUUGUUGGAGGUGUCGUUGGGUCAGUUCGCCAGCCAAGGCCCGGUGUCAGUAUGGAAAGCGAUUCCAGCUCUACAAGGUUGCGGGAUUGCCAUGUUGAUAAUAUCUGUCUUGAUAGCCAUAUACUAUAAUAUUAUUAUGUGCUGGACAUUGUACUACCUGUUCGCUUCGUUGAAGGAGUCACUGCCAUGGGCCACCUGUAAAAAUGAAUGGAACACCAUCGAGUGCAAAGACAAAGACAUGCUGCUUUUGGACACCUGUAUACUAAGGGACAGAAACAUCACGUCAAUCAAGAACACUACAUUCUGUUUAUCUGCAAAUGCUGUCGGGAAUUUAAGUAAACUGUUAAAUGUAACAAUGGACAAUAAAACCUAUGUCAGCCCUAGUGAGGAGUAUUUCAAGUAUAAUGUGUUGCAUAUUUCCAAGGGUAUUGAAUACCCAGGUGAUAUUCGUUGGCCCUUGGCUGGUUGCCUUUUCCUGGCUUGGCUUAUUGUUUAUGCAUCUUUAGCUAAAGGGAUCAAGUCUUCAGGGAAGGUGGUGUAUUUCACUGCCACGUUCCCUUACGUGGUGUUGGUCAUCCUGCUGAUCCGAGGGGUCACUCUGCCUGGGGCCGGUUCUGGGAUCCUUUACUUCAUAACACCCAAAUGGGAAAAACUCAAUGAUUCCAAGGUGUGGAAGGAUGCUGCUACCCAGAUCUUCUUCUCUCUGUCUGCAGCGUGGGGUGGUCUUAUAACCCUGUCAUCCUACAAUAAGUUCCAUAACAACUGUUACAGGGAUACUCUCAUCGUGACGUGUACUAACAGUGCCACCAGUAUUUUUGCUGGUUUUGUCAUUUUUUCGGUUAUUGGCUUCAUGGCUCAUGAGCUCAAAGUCCCCAUCGAGAGUGUGGCAGAUGAAGGCCCAGGAAUUGCAUUUGUGGUGUAUCCAGAGGCUCUGACUAGGCUGCCCUUGUCACCUUUCUGGGCCAUCAUCUUCUUCCUCAUGCUGCUUACGCUUGGUCUGGAUACUAUGUUUGCCACCAUAGAAACUAUAGUGACGUCUGUUUCUGAUGAGUUCCCCAAGUACCUGCGCACACACAAGCCUCAGUUCACUUUGAUUUGCUGUUUGUCCUUUUUUGUGCUGGGUUUCCCCAUGAUCACUGAGAGUGGAAUGUACAUGCUUCAGCUGGUGGACACAUACGCAGCCUCUUACUCUCUGGUCAUCAUUGCCAUAUUUGAACUGGUUGGAAUCUCAUACAUUUACGGUCUACAACGGUUCUGUGAGGACAUUGAGAUGAUGAUUGGGUUCCAGCCAAACAAGUUUUGGAGAAUCUGCUGGGCUUUUGUCACACCAACCAUUCUCACAUUUAUUUUGGCACUUAGUCUGUACCAGUGGAAGGUAAUGACAUAUGAGGAUUACACUUAUCCGACCUGGUCAAUGGUCCUCGGCUGGCUUAUGGUCAUCUGUUCUGUUAUAUGGAUUCCCAUUAUGUUUGUUAUCAAGAUGUACCUCGCACCUGGAACCUUAAUUGAGCGGCUGAAGUUGGUUUGCUCUCCUCAGCCUGACUGGGGUCCAUUCCUGAUGAAACACCGCGGUGAACGCUACAAGAACAUGAUCGACCCACUGGGCACCAACUCCCUUGGCCUCAAACUUCCCCCUAAAGAUUUCCAGCUAUCAGCCCAAUAUCAAUAAACCUCCUCACUUCCCCGUGAGUGCAAAAUUUCCCGAGGCCUCUGAGGGUGAGACCUGCACUCAUAUCAAACUCUUUGCCCAUUCAACCUCCCCUUUUUUCCUUAGCGUUCUCUUUCAGCCAUAUCCCCCCCCUCUUCUGGCACUUUUAGAGGGGUCUUUCAGGUGGAAAGCACAGACAACUCCCUAUGAUUUUGUUUUCUGAAUUAUUAUUCGCAGUCAUUCUGACAGUGGAGGUCUUUCACGCACAUUCUGAUACACCGAUCCCAGCUGAACCUUUUUCUCAGAGGCAAUAUAAUGAUGCAGUUGCAACUGUUGAGGCAAUAUUUGACUGAUUGUGCAUCAUGCAGUGGUUGUUUUUUAUUUUUUCUUCAUACCGAAGUGACUGCUGAUGUUAAAGAGAAAAAAGAAAAAAUGAGAACAACAUUUAUAUUUCUUGUCUAUUUGCUUGUCAUCUCUUAAAUGUAGCAAACACAAAUGAGAUAAACUGCUGAGUAGUGCACAGAGAACUCAAACUCUUUUCUGGCAUCGUACUAUCAUCGUACUAUCGCUCUCCACUUGUGUCCACUUAUAGCUGUACCUUGUGCCUCAGACUUCCUCUAUUUAUAAAAUACUGCAUAGUAUAGUGCGUAUUAAUACUACAUUAUGGAGGGAAGUGAGCACAUUUCAGUCUCUGUGAAUUAUAAGCUAUCCUACUCUUUCUAACAAUGUACUAACCUGUCGGAAAUAUCUCUACAGUGUUAUAGAAGCCAAACUCAUAGUGUAGGUUCCAGUAGUAUAGAUCCAUUCCUUUAUUCAAAGAAAAUUUAGCCAUGCAAAACUGUAUUAGUACCUUUCAGUGUUGUUUAGAGUAGUACUCAACGGCCAAUUAGCAGUUAUGUAUGUAUACUAAUAUUUAGAGUAUGCUUUCAAGUAUGUGUCGUGAUCUGUUCGUAGACUUUGUGAAUCCUCCUAUUCUUAUGCAGUACACAGUUAUAGUGGAGUACACAAAAGAAAAGUAGAGGAAAAACUAAGGAGUGCGGUAUGUGUGGCAAGCCAGUCGUCUCAUGAAAUGUGUAUAUUUUAAAAACUACAUGUUUAUCUUUAAACACUGACAUAGCUGACACGCUAUUUUUAACAAUUGCUCGCAGAGGAUAUGUAGAUUAGAAAAAAAAGGAAACUUCUGUGAUAGAUGCUUGGGGACCACACUCCUUUUUUUAAACAUUUUCCAUCUCUGUCUGUCUGUGCGUCUUCAUGAAACAGGGUCUCAGGUAUUACUCCGUUCCAUCAACCUUUUUAGAUGUUGGAUUAGCGUUGAACACAUUUGUGGAAGCUUUAUACACUGCCCGGACAAAAAAAAAAAAGUCGCUGUUUGGAUUUUAAUAGGCACAUACUUAAGAGUCUCUGACUGGAUCAUUAUUCCUGUGAUUAUUAUGUUUCAUGUUAUAUGUUUGGCAACAGUUCUUCUAACCCUAAUUGAUGAAAAAAAAUAUGAAUGGUUGGAUUUACUUAAAAAGCAGCGUCAAGUGGUUCCACACAACUAUAUUGAGUAAUUUGUACAAAUAACAAUUUAGUAUGAACAAAAGAAAUUCAAGUAAAGCUGACAGAAUUUCUUUGAGUAAAAACAAAUCAUUUGAAUUUGUUACUAUUACAUAAUACUUACAUGUGCAGUUUACUUAAUAAUGUUAAGUUAAAUUUAUAAAAGUUUAUUACAUAAGGUGAACACAUUUAUUGACUUAAUUUACCUUAUUAAAUGAACUAUUUGCUCUACAAAAUGCACUAAAAAAAUAAUUAAUUGAACAAACUCAAUUUAAUUGAGAGCAGGAAUUCCAUCCUAUAGACCUUAUGUAGCCCCGCCCCUUUUCAGUGCUGCGCUCGUUGUCUUUUGUCUUCCGGUUUGUAUUUCCACAGUGAUCUUAUGUAUUUAUGAAUGAACUGCUCGUUUUAAAAUCUUCCCGUUCUACUGACAUUUGUUAAGACAUAUGCUUUAAGCAUUACAAUGCUCAUGAUAACUUUCAUUAACUCUACAAGUUAAUCCACUUCCCUAAAUAUUCUUUGACAGUGGUGCCAUAGAAUUAUACAGAGCUACCGCAAAAACUGAAGUUCAAAAACAAUAUUAUAAAGAUGGCGGCGUGCUUUUUUCUCUGGCGCAUACGGUCUAUAAACAUGCACAUAUGAGUGCUCACAGCCUAAACACAGGUGCCACUCUUCUGCAUAAUGGCAACCACAAAAUUCAAAAACAUUACAGAUCUCCUCUAAAUGUCCAACAUAACUGAACAUUAAGCAAUAACAACUAAACUAACAACAUCUUUCCCUUUACUGAAAAACACAUAAACUAACACUUUAUUCCCUAAAUUUACUUUCCUAAUGAAGUCCCUUGCAAAGCAUGUUGGAAACUACGGAUCCACUGCCCAGUUAGUUAUAAUCAACAUUAAUUUGUGCGUUUCACUCAGCAAUGUUAAGUUGACUUAAACACUAAAGCUGACAAUACUCAUUUUUAGUAGAAACAACUCAUUUAAAUUAAGUUCAUGUAGUUAUGUGAACAAGGAUGGUUUGAGUGAAACUAACAACAAUAAAACGUAUUUAUUUAUUUAUUUUUUUGAGUUUAGCUUUUCAUUUCUUAAAUAACCAUGUAGGAAGACACAUAUUCAAGAUUCAUCAGGCUCAAAUUGUGAAAGAUUGGUUGGGAGGGAGCAUGAAGAAUCAUCUUCACACAUUAAUUGGCGCAUCUGAGUCCAGACCUUAAAUUCAUUGAAAAUCUUUGGGAUGUGCUGGAGGAGACUUUACAGAGUGCUCACCUCUUGCAUUGUCAACAAGAUCUUGACCAAAAAUUGAUGCACCUCUCGAUGGAAAUAACAUCACAACAUUUAUUUCCAUGAUUCUUCAUGCUCCUUCCCAACCAUUCUUUCACAAUUUUAACCCUAAUGAAUCUUGACAUUGUCAUCCUGGAAUAUGACCAUGAUGUGUCUUCCUACAUGCUUAUUUAAGAAAUUAAAAGCUACACACUCCAUCAUUUAGGGUUAGAAGAACUGUUAUAUAACAUGCUAGAAACAUAAUAAUCACUGCAAUAAUGAUCCAGUCAUAGACUCUUAAGAAUUUGCCUAUUUAAACAGCAACUUUUUUUUUUUUUUUUGCCAGGGCAGUGCAUGUAAUUCAUAUUAAACCCAUUCCCUAUAAGAGUCGUAAAAGUGCACAUUUUCAGAAAAUUAUGCCAUAUAUUGACAAUUUGAAUACUUCAUAUCUUAUUGUUAGUGUCCCAUUUCUAGCUAUUGGACUGUAAAUAAUGGCUACAGAUAAUGCUCUUGUAGUAUUGCUUUGGGCAAAAGGUUUUUAGUUCUGGUUAGUUGUUGUGCCGGUCAAAGCUGACCAAACUUGAGUACAAAAAGCACUUUGAUUAAACAUCACUCAAAAAUAUGUGGUUGCUUUCCACCACCACACUGAUAAAAAGCCUAAAUGAAAAGACAAGUACUACUUUUUUGUUAGUUCUACUGUAUGUAUACCUAUACGAUUAGUAGUGUGGAUAUGAUUUAAAUAGUACUACUACAAGUGAAGCGAACCACACUGCCCACGCAAUGCAAAUAAUAACACUGAGAAUAAUGACUUUGCCUGGGAGUGAUGUGUUUCAAAAGCCAUGUAAUAUGCAGAUACUACACUAAUCACCUUGAUUAUAUAGAGCAUUUAUAAAACAGAAAAAGAAAAAAGGUGUUCCUCAGUAUGUUAGUGCCACAAAAGAGAUGCUUUUUCAUGUUUAAUCUUACUCUCUGUGUAGUAUAUGUGUGUGUGUGGAUGUGUGGAAUAAUAUGCAGCGCUUAAUGUUUAGAUUUAUAUUUAUAUUUAUCCAACCAUCCAGACAUGGUCAGAUGCAGCCUGGUAGUCAGUUUGAGGUCCUCAUAGGGCUUGGUUACAUUUGUAUGCAAGAGCUGAGUGCUUUUUACUCGAACAGAAGCUCUAGGUUACGUAGCACAAACAAACAUACACAAAGCACACGUUAAUUGUAUACGGCUGCUGUGAUCAUUGUUGUAAUAUUUGAGGGUCUGGAUGGAGUUUCUGUUAGUCCUUGUGUUGCUGUACGUCUGUCCGGGAGCUAUUGUUACAACCCCUUCAAGUAACACGUAAUCUGUGGGAAAAAAAUAAUAGGUAACGGUCUUGCAUGUGCUGUUUGUGUUGCUGUGGAUUAUUUGUCCAUGUAUGCUUUCCCUUUACGCUCCUUUUCUCGAAUGUGUCCCUCACUUAGCAGCUGCAGCUGAGUUUACCACCUUUUCCUACCUACAGGGCGACACUGGGCAGUAGGCAACCAAAGAAGGAGAACUUCUCAAAGGGUUCUGAAAAAAAGCUUAAAAAGAACAUAUAUUCUAAAAGAAAAUAUAUAUAUACGUAUACACAUAUAUAUAUAUAUACAAAUAUCCUAUAUAUAAAUAUGAAGAAAUUAAAUAUAUUAUUCUGUGUAUUUAGGAGACUGAGAUACUGCCACUCAUCCUUCAUUAUUGAUGUGUGCCAAUAUGUUAUAUGACAUCUUCAGGUAACCUUUGGCCUUAUAGAUGUCCUCUGGUAAUAAACUAUUAUAUGUAUUUCAGAAUAAUGAUACAGAGUAGCUUCCAAUCAGUCAUUAUGUGGUCAGUCUAUAUUGUAAUGUAUGUCGUGUCAUUUGGCACUUUACUGUGGACCUAUCGGAGCAUAGGUAAAAUUUCUUAUUACUUGGGUAAUGUCAUAUAUUUCUGUGUGUUUUACAUGAGGGAAAUCUGCCUAUGGAUACAGAUAUGUACCUCCAACAGAUCAUGGCAUCAUUUGAGUUGAAUUGUAGAGUAUAAAUAUGAAAAAUAUCUAGAUUUUAAAUCCUGUGCCAGACAAAAAAAAUGUAAAAACGUACAAAAAGAGGAAAAGAAACAUAUAUGAAAAGGCAUAAUUUAUUUUAAAUGUCAUUAAUCCUUGAGGCCCUACCUCAGAUUUUGUAUUUAUGUAUAGAAAUGCAAUUUGAAUCAUAGUAUCUUUUGCCAAUAAUACAAUAAAAGACCAUAUUUAUCAUAAAAUGUAUAACCUCUUAAUCAAUAAAUAAAUGUUAAUGUUUUCAACUCCA